AUGGCCUCCCCUUUAGGACGCCUCGCGUCACAAUCAAUUCACAUCACACCGACCCCACAACCCACCUCCCUCGCCGAAAGCAAACUCAUCCUCUCCGCGCUGCAAAAAUUCGGCGAAGUCGUCACCUUCCGCAACCUCAAGUACGACACAACAAACUCAUCCACCAUCCCCUUCCGCCCCAUCCUCGCCAUCUUCGACUCCCCCGACGCCGCAAAACAAGCCCUCGAAGCCUCCCCGCUCACCGUCCCCCUCCGAAGCCGCAACAAAGCCAGCACCAGCGCCAGCGCCAGCGCAAGCCCCGAGUCUGACUCCGGUUCCAGUCCCCAGCGCGAUAUCGCUGCGCGAGGACCCAGAGCCAUCAAAUGCGAAAUCCACCCCUCGCGGCACAACCAUCAGUCCGCGCUGGUGCGGAACCCGUUCUACACGACGUUCCGCGUGCUCCAAGGGACGUACCAGUUCCGGGACCUGGUGGGGACGGGGAUCCCGCUGCGGGAGCUGGCGGAUGAGACGAUGGCGCGCAAGUGGCGUGAGCCGAUGAAGGUGAAGAGGAAGAUUGCAAGGGAGAAUCGGCGGCUGGGGGCUUGGUCGUUGAUGAAGUUGCAUCGGAAGGGGUUGGGGGAAAUGGUGGAGGAGGAGGAGGAAGAUGGGGGGGAGUUGGAGGACAUUGAAGGUGACAUUGAGGGUGGCACUGAGGGUGAUGUUGAGAGUGAGCGUGUUGGUGAGAGAUGA